AUGGCGACCAACGAAGGAAGCGACAUCAUCGAUCGCAUGGUUCCGUCCCUCCAGAAGGAGUUUGGGACCCUGGAGGAUGCUUCGGGAAUGCCUGCCCCCUACGCUAUUGCGGCACUCGUUACAGGUGACCCCCAGCUCCCCCAGAAGUACGGAUAUAUAGUCAAUGCCAAAGAGCUAUGCUUGUGCCAUCCAGAACUAGUGGAGAUGCUGAAGGAAGCAUUCCUUUCUGGCGAUUUUCGUAAAUUCGGAAGCACUUUUCUGCGGAUUGUUCAGCCGAAACCAGUCACUCCAGUCACGCCUACGUACUCCCUUCGUAACUCCUUCAGGACUCCAUAUGCCGGUGCUGCCGUCGACGGACUGUAUGAGUAUCUCAGAGAAAAUAAUAGAAAAUUCCACAGCCAGAAAAAUUACUAUGCGAAAUUUUGUUCCAUUGUUCAAAGUUCCGGCACCGGAAAAUCCAGGACGGUGGUUGAGUUGGGUUCUAAAGGUGUCAUGGUCCUAUAUAUAAACGUCCGUAACAAGACAGACAAACACAAUUGGCCGACGCGGGAUGAUAUUCCGGCGAGCAUCUUAGCUGAGGAUCUAGGCAGCUUGACGGAGGAAAGUUAUACGCAUCGUUGUUGCGCUUUCUUCACUGCCAUCUUCCGACAUCUCGACGAGCACCUACAGGAAUUGUUUCUAUCUGCUGGAAAAGACAUUUCUAAGACGAUUGAGCUCUGGCGGAUUGAGAUGGAUGGCACGCGGGGUGAAAAGCGAAGAGUGCGAUUCUUCCGCGAGGUUGAAAAGGUUUAUAAUGAGAUAAUGGAUGCGGAUUCCGCUUCCGUCGAGGAGUUAACAGAGAAUCUCAGCGCAGUUUCCAUUUCCGAACCGACUCAGAAAGAAUUGACUGCAGAGAAAAAUCCAGACGGACUUCCCGACUAUGAAACGAGACUGCGAACCGCGUACGCAAGUCUCAUCGGCACCCUCGAAAACCUUAUGGGAACUACCGAUGAUCCAAAGCUGGUAGUCGCGAUCGAUGAAGCCCAUUGUCUGAGCACGAUGGUUAACGACAAUUUCCGUCCAUCUCACUUACUGUGUCGAGCGAUCAGUGCAUAUUCGUGCGUUGGAGGUUAUCUGGCUUCCGUUUGGGUUGUCUUCGCCUCAACCAACUCGAGGAUUGCCGAUUUCUCUGCUCCAUCUCACAUCCACGAUUCCCAGCGCGUAGUCACAGGUGGAGCACGGCUGUUUCCUCCGUACACAUUGACCGGCUGGGAUCAAAAUGCCGCUCCUCUCGCUGGUAUCACUAAUGCGGACGACGUGUCAAGAGCUGAGCACAUCAUUCGCUACGGCCGACCAUUAUGGUAUUCCUCCAGGACAACCGAUUACACCUACAUCCUGGAUCUGGCCUCGGAGAAGUUGUGCAAGAGCCUUGCACUAAACAUCAACGACUCCAAUCAAAUACUUGCUGUCCUGGGUCAGCGGUUCUGUUUGGAUGUCUGCUUCGGACAUCCAGAAGCUGUGGAAUUUCUGGAGACGGGUGUGGCCAGCCAUCUACGCAUAUGUGAAGCGACAACCGAGGAUCGGAUGUGGAGAUUCACAAGUUAUCCAUCAGAGCCGAUUCUGUCACAUGUUGCAGGAUGCCUCUUGCAUAGCGCACCAGGAUACGUAGUCGAUGCACUCAAAUGCAUGGAGAUGAAUAUCAGCAAUGGAAUGAUCGAGGUCGGUAAGAGCGGAGAGUUGGUUAGUCGCAUCAUCUGGAUCCUUGGCAAGGACUUCUUGCUCCACCAGUUGUACAACUCCGCCGUCCUUGAUCGUAUUAGGAACCCGUACCUGCUGUACUGCCGAAAAGUUCCUCUCACCAAAUACCUCGAGACGUGUUUCGGCCUCGCAGUUUGGCCUGACGACGAGGAGCAGGCGAAUGCGGCGAAGAACGCGCUCCAAAAUGCCUACGUCAAUUUCUCUCACUGGGUCUCAAUGGUGGAGGAUAUCUGUGAUGAAUCUCGUCGCAACUGGUGCGCCAAACAGUGGCUGCUGCGCCACUGGGCACGUACUGCCGCCGUCCAAUGCUGUCACAAUCAACCGCUCGUUGACAAGGUGAUACCAAUUUAUUUCCAAAAGACGGGCCGUAGUUUGCAAGACAGCAUGUCGCUCAUAAUGAUAUCGGACAAAGCUGGGGCGAACGCGAGCCCAACCGACGUCAACGCCAUUCAGGCCAAGCACGCCUCCAUCAACUGUGUCACCGCCCUUCCGAGCAUCGCUGUUACUCUUGAUAUGGGAAUUGCAGAGACGAAGGUCCGAUCCACAUUCCCCACUAGAAGAUCACCUCGUGCUGACGGCCAACAUACGGUGCCCGAGAUUGAGGAUCCCGCGAAUGAUCUCUGUCUACGCAUAUAUGCAACGGGCAUGAACGCCAAGACCUUCCCGUUUCUCGAAGAGAAAGUUGGCUUAGAGACACUUCUGCGGAGCAUUGUUCAGCAUGCGACAGCGCCGAAAUAUCCUCACCCUGUGGGAGAGCAUCUGCGGGACCAGAUGAAGUACGGUAGCAGUUCGAGGCCGAGACACAUGGAAUGGGAGAACGGUGCAAAGGCGCCGGAUGAGCUAUUGAAGUCGUGA